GGACAAUAUAUAUUUUCCCCUCGAUUCAUAUUUGUUAUAUGCAUAUUUUUAUAGAUGAUAUUUAAAAAUCGAAUAAUCUGGCAUAUACAACCGAUUUUUAAUACACUUGUAAGAUUUAUUUUAAAUUCAACUUCAACUUUUAAUUUUCAAGUCGAACGUCACUUCCCAACCAGGAAGCGACGGCUUCAAGUAAACAGGACACGUACUCCGGUGGAGAUCACAUCGGAGAGUAUGAAACCUGACGGACACUGAUACACCAUGGAGAAGUUCGGUAUGAGCUUUGGUGGAGGCCCAGGCAAGCAGGAGCUGCUGGACACCAUCGAAGUGCAGAAGAAGCAGCUUGUGAAGUAUCAGACGCGCUUUAAAGAUGUUGUCAGAGCGUACCAAAGCCUGCUCAAGGAAAAAGAGGCCUUGGAAGCCAGCCUGAAGGUGCUGACCACUUCGCAGGAGGUUGAUUUAAGCCAGCUUGGUGAUAACCUGUCGUUUGGUGGCGGUACAAAAAGCGCUGAACGACCUUUGCCCUCUGAUCUUGGGGAUGACCGAUCUUCACUUCACAGCGAAGACAGCCUGGACACAGCGGGCUCUGCUGAAACGGCCACUAGCGUGACCAGCAACAGCACUAAAGGAGACCAAACAGAGGAGGACCAAAGCUGUGCUGUGGAUGGAGCCACCGCUGGGACUGUCCCAAACGCACUGCCUCAGCAAUCUGAGGAGGCAGGUGGGUCUGAAAGUGGUCUCAGCAGCAGCAGCGGUGGAUGUAUGGAGCCGCCACCACCUGCAGUGGACACAGACCGCCGUAUCAUCCAACUGAAGAUGCAGCUGUCCACUCUGACCAGUUCAUUAUCCACGGUCUCUCAAGAAAAGUCUAGAAUGGAAGCUUCAUUCCAGGCGGACAAGCGCAAGAUGAAGCAGGAGCUGGAGGAGCUGCAGGCCAGGAUGGAGGAAAAGCAGAAGCAGCACCCGCUGGAGCUUCAGAGUCUGCAGGAGCAGCUGGCCGAGAGCAAGGCCCGUGUCAUAACCCAGCAACACGAGCGGGAGCAGGAGCAGAGCAACCAUGCGCUCAUGCUCCGGGAGCUCCAGAAACUCCUGCAGGAGGAGAGGGGACUGAGACAGGACGCCGAACUCAAACUGGAGGAUUCGCGAGAGGCGCUGGCUGAAACCAUGCAGGCGGCAGACCGAGGGAUAGAUUAUGAAACGCAGCUCAAAGAGAUCACUCAGGAACGGGAGGAGCUGAGGAAAAGCCUGAAGGCUGCAGCGUUGGAGAAGAGCAAACCUGAUCCACGUGUCGAGGAGCUCCAGCAAGAGAUGGCAGAGCUCAAAGCUCACUUCAACCAGCAGCUUCAGCAGGAAAUCACAAAGGUGGCACAAGCAGAUGAGCGUCUCCGAGAACAGGCCCAGAUGGAGGAAGUACGAGUUGCCAGCCUUGAGGAGCGAGUGUCUGAGCUCUCCGAACUACUGGGUGCCUGUGAGAAGGCCAGGCAGAAGGACCAACAAAAUGCUCAGAGGCUACGAGAACGUAUCCUUCAACUCGACACUGAGAACAAAACCCUCGCCAUCGCAGCAGUCAACAGGUCAACAGCUUCCGAUCUAAACCUUGAUGAUGCCAACUUAAACGUGGACGUGUUAAAGGACAAACUCGAGAAGGUGAAGAAGUUACUCCUCCUGGCUGCGCAAAGAUCUCAAGACCAGAGUCUGGACAUCGAAAGGCUCCUGGCAGGAGAAAAGAAGCAGGAAGUCUCCGAGAGCGAGAAGGCUUCAGUGCUGCACUACCAACAAGAGCUCCGGCAGCUUAGAGAGGAGUUUGAACGCUACAAAAUGAGGACGCAGGGUGUUAUGAAAAACAAGAACACGAAAGAUGGCAACCAGGCUAAAGAGUUCGAAGAAGCACGUGACCAGCUGGCCGAGCUGAAGGAGAAGUACAUCAACCUUCGUAUCAUUUCAGACGAAGCGGAAGUCCAGCAUAGACGGGACCUGGAGGAGCGGCAGCAAGCACUUGUAGUGCUCCAGCAGACCCACAAACAGGAAGUCGAGAGACUUGAGGCUCAGCACAGGGAGAACUUCUUGUGGCUUGAGGAAGAGUUGCACAAACAGAGAGAUCGCACCAUGGCUCUUCUUGCAGAAAAAGACCUUGAGCUGGAGCGACUUCGGGCAGCAACGGUGAUCGGCUUUGGAAGCCAUCAGAAACACGCUACAAAUAACAGCACAGCGAUGGAAGGAGGUGACCUAGAGGAAGCUGACCCAGAACAAGAAGAAAGUGACAUUCUCACUCAAGCUCUAAAACUAGCUGGGCCCAGUGAGCCGACUUUAUUGUUGUACGCCGAACAGCUGGCGCGCAAGGAGGUGGACGUGGCCGCCUUGCGCAAACAAAAGCAUCGUUUAGAGGAGGACUUGCAUCAGAUACAAGGAAAGCUGAUUGCUAAUGGGGAGAGGCAUGAAGAAGAGGUCGCUGAGCUACGGUGCCAGUUAGACAAACAUAUUCGAGACCAGGGGAGAGAAGGAGCCAACCUUGAGUAUCUCAAGAACAUCGUUUAUAGGUUUCUCACACUCCAUGACACCAGAGGGCGCCAGCAGACACUCAUGGCCAUUUUGACCAUUUUGCACUUUAGUCCUCAAGAGAAACAGGCUGUGCUGAAGCAGCAACAACACAGCUGGUGGACGGCAGGGAAGAGGUGAUGCAAAUGAGUUAAGAAGAGUGACUUUACGGUUCUAAUGUGAUAACUGAGAUAAAUAUUCCUUUAUUUUUAUUGACCACUUUUUGUGUGCAGUGUGAGAAGGUACCAAAUAACAGGAGGAACAAUGUGGAUAUGUUUCCGAUAAUGACAUAUACUCCAUAUACAUAUACUCCAGCUAUUGCAUGACAGGAUACUAAACAGUUUAUGAAUGGUUUGAAUCCAGUGUUGGAUCAUGUAACACAGUUGGCCAAUCAUCCCAAACUUCCCUUUUGUGCGUGCAACAUAAUAUUAGAUCUUGACACUGUGUUUUCAGUCUCUAUUAACAGAGUUGGGUGCACCAAACUGUUGUUAUUGAUUUUGUAUAAUAACUGGAGACGUAACGUAACACUAUUUGGUUAAGUUGAAAGGUUGACAUUUACAGAAUGAGUUAUACCAAAGAAAAUGCUCUUAAAUAGCCCCAACAGGCUUUUCAGAGAGAUUGCCUUUAGACAGCAGCACUUUUCAUAUAUUGUCAUGAUGAAAUCUAUGUAAAUAUUUAACACACAAAAUGAAUUUUUAAUGGGAAUAUAUCAUCAAUUAAAAAAUAAAUGUAAAAAUCUUA